AUGCCCAUCUACUCCAACCUCUACUCGAAUUUCAUCCGCCAAGGAUCCCAAUUCGCAAAAUCCAUCACCUCUCAUGGCUACGCGCAGUCCGUCGUAGCCGCCACCCACCCUCAUGUUCUAAACAGCCAGAACCGCCCCGUCUUUGCGCGGAGGCACACCAACAGACAAGGACGUUUCGCUGCCUUCCAGCUUAGUUCUGCCUUCCACAGCGACCGCACCACCGCCACCCUUCUUGACCACCGCCUUGCCUUCAACCAUGGCGGCCUCGAUGCCUACUUUGACGCUCUGAAGAAGAAAGAGGCCGCUGGCGAAGUUGAGAAUGAAGAGUGGGAGCAGUACGAGUUCCCCAAACUUCUCGAGUGGAAGCCCGAUGCCGACGCCGUUCUCACAAGCGAAGAUGCCCUCGCCCAAGCCAGCGAGCACGAUGCCAGCGCCCAGGCAGAGACCAUUCCCCGACCUAUGACGCCGGAGGAGGCUGCUGCCCUCGCCCAUAUCGACGCUGCUCUCCAACUCGAGAUCGAAGCUCGCCAGACCCGUGUCGAAGACGACGUCGCCUCUGUACACUCGCGCGCCGCUAGCCCUGUGCGCAUUUCCCGCAGUGCCACUCCUGUCGACCCCCAGUCCCAGUCUUACGCUGAGCACUUGCUCAAGCUAUCCUCUGCUGGUCGCCAUGCUGAGAUCCCUGCCGUCUUCGAGGCUAUGCUGGCCACCGGCGUCAAGCCUAUUGCUGGUGCCUACAACGCCCUUUUGCUUGCUGCUAUCCACAUCCCCAUCAAGAAGAUUGAAGUUGUUUCCAAGGCUCUUGAUGUGUAUGCCGACAUGCUCCGUCGUCGUAUAACUCCCGACAGCCAAACCUAUGACAUCCUAGUCAGAAUGUUGGCCUCGCGCUGCCUCGAAGUUGCAAGCAUGAAGGCCGUGCUUGAGGAGAAGCGUGUGCGGUUCGGCGGCAUGGAGGAGCCUGGCAAGUUUAUGCUCGCUUCUCAUGAGUUCGAGCAUGCUAUUCUCUGCGAAGAUGACAGACUUGAUCUUGCCAUCAAGCUGUUUGAUACCUCUGUUGACGCUAGGACUGCGAAGUUCUCUUCAACCACCUACUCGCAGCUCAUCUCUGCUUGCGCCCGGGCUGGCCGCGUUUCGGAUAUGCUUCGACUCUUUGAGCAUAUGGAGGACACCCGCACUGUCCCUCAUGCCGAGGUUUUCCCCACCAUGAUCACCGCCUAUGCUACAGCCGGCGAUCUUAUCAGUGCUGUUGAGUGCUACAACGAAUACCGUAGCCUCGCUGUUGCCAACGACACCGGCAACUCCACCCUGCGCGAUCGUAUGGAUGCUCAAGUCUACGCCUCUGUCAUUAACGCCUAUGUCAUUUCAGACAAGAUUGAGGGCGCCAUGAAGUUCUUCAAGAAGAUUGUUGAUGAGUAUGGUGUUCGAUUUACCGACAUCAAGGAUGCUGUCAUCAGCACUGGAUUUGUCAAGGGCUUCAUCUCGCGCGGUAUCCUUGAGGAGGCAUUGUACUGGGCUCAAUCUAUUGAGGCACAGGUCCGCCCCCAGGCCUUUGCUCGUGUUGCCAUUGAAGCUGCCGAUAAGAACGAGGUUGCUACCGCCACUGAAGCUUACAACGGCAUUUCUGGCUCCUUUGACAUGCUUCAGGCCCCUGCCAUGGCCAUGCUUGCCAUGAGCGUCCGUGAAGGCGACGUUGCCUCCGCCACCAAGUACUGGCACGUUCUCAGCCAACCCGAAGUACGUGCUACGGCCGCCUUCAUUGAGCCGACCACCAUGUACGCCGUUGCCUUGAUUGGCUCCGGCCAGAUUGCUGAAGGGCUCGCUCAGUCUGAAAUCAUGUUCCAGAGGAUCAGUGCCUCCGAAUCUAGCGCACGCACCGAGCUUGCCGAGGAGAUCGAGGAAGGCGUCGACUUCAUUGCUCGCUACAUGGAGAGCCGUGGCAUUACUGACCCCCGUGAGCUAGCUUCACAGGUCUCUAGUGCGCCCCAGCAGGCCAUCAGCGCCUCUCCCUUUAUGUCCACCCUCUCCGUCUCGUCUUUUGAGGAUAGCUUCGAUCCGUAUGCUCAUAACACCGACUUCAAAGGUUCUUCUCUCAUUGCCGACGAUCUCGAGGGCAGCCAUGGCCGCAAGGGUCCUCGCCUGAGUGAUGCACUGAACCGAUUCCGCAACAUGCGCCGUGCGGGCCGCCACCCCCGAUACAUAACCUACGCCAAGCUCAUCUCAGCUGCGGCUAGAGAGGGCAAGAUGGAUCUGUGCCAGGAUAUUCUCGGCAUGGCCCGCGCUGAUGUUCCUCUGCUUGCUCAGUAUGCUGUUGUUCGCUACGGCUGGUCUUCCAUUCUUGAUGCUAUGGUCGGCGCAUGCCUGACCGUUGGUAACCGUGGUCGUGCUGAGCAGUACCAUCAGGAGCUACUGGAGAUGGGUGCUGCCCCCUCCGCCAACACCUUCGGACUGUACAUCACCACUCUCAAGGACUCUACCAAGACUUUCGACGAAGCCUCCGAGGCGGUUCGCAUUUUCCACCGCGCCAAGACAGAAGGCGUUGAACCUAGCUCUUUCUUGUACAAUGCCCUGAUUGGCAAGCUCGGCAAGGCUCGCCGCAUCGACGACUGUCUGUUUUACUUUGCUGAAAUGCGCGCUCUUGGUAUCAAGCCUACGUCGGUUACCUACGGUACUAUUGUCAAUGCCCUGUGCCGUGUCAGCGACGAGAAGUUUGCGGAGGAGCUAUUUGACGAGAUGGAGUCGAUGCCCAACUACAAGGCGCGCCCUGCACCGUACAACAGCAUGAUGCAGUUCUUCCUGACCACCAAGAGAGACAAGGCCAAGGUCCUAGCUUACUUUGAGCGUAUGAAGGUCAAGGGCAUCGCCCCCACUUCGCACACUUAUAAGUUGCUGAUUGAUACGCACGCCACUCUCGAGCCCGUCAACAUGGCCGCUGCUGAGGAAGUCAUGGAGCAAAUGACUGCUGCUGGUCAGCAGCCUGAGCCUGUUCACUAUGCCUCGCUCAUCCACGCUAAGGGUUGUGUUCUGCACGAUCUAGAUGGCGCUCGCAAGAUUUUUGACUCGGUCACCGAGAAGAGAUCUGUACCCGUCAACGCUAGCCUCUACCAGGCUAUGCUUGAAGGCAUGGUUGCCAACCACCGGGUGGCCGAUACGGAGCCUCUUCUCGCCCAGAUGCGCCAGCGUCGGGUCGAGCUUACACCUUACAUCGCCAACACUCUGAUUCACGGCUGGGCUGCGGAGAGGAAGCUCCCCAAGGCUCAGGCCAUUUACGAUGCUGUACCCCGAGAGAAGCGAGAGCCUAGCACGUACGAGUCCAUGACGCGGGCAUUCCUCGCCAUGGAGCAGCGUGACGAAGCCAAGUCUGUUGUCAGCGAGAUGCUUACCCGCGGCUACCCCAGUGCUGUUGUCAACAAGGUGCUGGAGCUGCUCGGUGGUGGCCAAGAACAGGCUCAGCUCUAA